AUGUUCACAAAUCUACCAAGCUCGCAGCCUGCUGCGCCCAUCUUCAACCUUUCAACUGCCCAAAAUACGCCUGCGACUUCUGGGACUAGAGCAGGAGGCAUGUUUGACAGCACAGCUGCGACACGCACAAGUAGUGGUUUGAACUUCUCAUUUGCGAAGCCAGCUGCUACGUCAGCCGCCUCUACUACAGGCAAUGCAGCUACUGCCCCUAACCCAGGCAUCUUCAACUUGAACUCUACGACUACUCAAGCACCGAAACCUAGUCUUUUCGCUCAGACUACGGUUUCGACAACGGCACCUGCCAACCAGGGCAUCUUUGCUUCAGCCAAUCCACAACCAGCUGCCACUUCCAUGUUCGGUGCAUCAACUGCAACGCAAGCACAGAACACAGCACAGCAGCAUGACGCCCCUCCGCAAAACAGAGAAUCCGCAUACUUCAAUGGCCUGUUGGAGCGACAGAAGAAGAAGAUCAAAUUCAAUGCCGCAGACCAGAGUGGUCGUUUAGGUCAACUUCCGAGCAUGAACAUGGAUUUAGGUGACCUGGCAAGGAAGGCGCAAGAGCUGAAUCAGAAGAGUCAGAGGUAUGGUCAGUCUACUGCUAGAGACAGUAGAGCCCACUACCUACUCUCCGGCUCUGGUGUUACACCUGGUCAGGCUUACAAAGAGUUUCAGAAACUGGACACGGACACUGUUCCUGCAGCUACACCUGCUCCAAGAGAUUUUGCCGAGGAAGGAACUGCUUAUCUCAAAGGCAUGCAAGCCAAGGGUCGUGAAGCUAUGCUUCGCGAAAGCAUGGAUCGUGUAUACCACGACGUCGACAAGUUUAUCGAAGAAAGUCUAGGUAUCGAUUUCGACGAGCAGAAACAGCGAAUCAUGCAGCAUUUUGGUCUAAUGGCAAAAGACGAAAACGACCUUUCGGCCUCUACCAGCAGGAGUCGUCAGUCCAGGCAGUCCAAGACGAGAAGAAGUGUUUUCGGCAGAUCGGGCUUGGAAAAAUCAAUUAUUGGUGCCUCAAAUUCAGUUGCAGGAAGUGCAUCUUUCUUUGGCGGUCCGGGACCAAAUCCUCCCACUAAUCUGACUAAGAAUCAGACAGUCCGAGACUUGCGCGACAAAGAGAGACUCUUCAUGCAGAAGGUCGAAACCUUGAACAGAAAGCGCCUGGAUCAAGAACAAUAUAACAUCUUCAACGAAUUUCAAGAGGUGGAGAAGGCCGUGCCAGGAGACGUUCCCAAGCAAUUAAUCGACGCAUAUUCGGCUCUGAAGGAGAUUGCGAAGGAAGGUCCUCCAAGCAAGCCUCUGAGGGAACGCUCAUACGCCGCUGAGUACGCUCAGUCAGACCAGGGUAGUAGUUCCUCGAAACUUAAGCGCCAGAUUCUCGAUGGUGCUCGUACUUUUCUGGAGAAAUCUUUCUAUCAAGAGUUGGGCGAGCUUGUUGAUAGAAAUCCACAUUCAGCGAGAAUUGGUGGCAUGCCGACCGUCAUCAACACAGUCAGAGCAUAUAUACGCGUCCGAACCGAGAAACAUGAUCUGGCCCCAGAUGGUGCUGUCCUUGAGCAGGCUGGAGACAACAACGACUACUACUGGAUAAUAGUCUUCUACCUGCUAAGGUCUGGCCAUGUUAAAGAAGCAGUCGACUACGUGAAUGGUGAUCCUGCCUUCCUGUCCCUAGAUCGCAGGUUCGUGUCCUACCUUACCGCUUAUGCCAAUAGUCCUGAUAGAACCUUGUCGCGGAAAUUCCAGGAAAUGAUUAAUGGCGAGUACCAACAGCGGACCAGAGUUGCACCGAAAGGCACAAUCGAUCCAUACCGAAUAGCAUGCCUCAAAGUCAUUGGUAGAUGUGAUUUAUCUCAACGUAACUUGGAGUCGAUAGGCCAGGGUGUGGAAGAUUGGAUAUGGCUGCAGUUCGCCCUAGCUCGAGAGAGCGGGUCACUCGACGAUGCUCUCACCGAUGUCUUUGGUCUAGAGCAAAUAGCUGAGACAGUGACUGAGAUAGGCCAAAAACAUUUCCAGAAGAGUCAGGUCGAGAACCUGAAUUCAUACGGCACGUUCUUUCUCAUGCAGAUUCUAGCAGGCAUGUUCGAGCGGGCUGUCGACUAUCUUCAUAGCUUCAACCCUGUCAGCGCUGUGCAUGCUGCCAUCGCCCUCGACUACUAUGGCCUACUCCGGGUGUCGGACUUUCACACUGCUGGUAACGAACUUUUGACCUAUUCCACAACACAACAAGCACAGAUCAACUUCGUGCCGUUGGUGGCAUAUUAUACAACCACGUUUCGAGCAGCUCUGCCUGUACAAGCAGUUGACUACCUGGUAUUGAUCUGCCUGAACUCUGAUCUGACAAGGCCUCUCGGAGAGAUCAUGACUAAUGCAUGUCAUGAGUGUCUUCGAGAACUUUGUCUGGAAACCAGGGAAUUUGCAGCUCUGCUCGGCGAUAUCAGAGGAGAUGGAAGCAGGAUAGCGGGAGCAAUUGAGCAGCGCGCAAGCAUCAUCCGACUAGAUAAUCACGAGCAGUUUCUUCGCUUCAUCACCAGUCAAGCUGCAGCAGUCGCGGAUGCUCGCGGUCAAACUGCUGACGCUGUACUCUUAUACCACCUAUGUGAUGAUUUCGACAACGUCAUAGUUGUUCUCAAUCGAGCACUCGCAGACGCGGUAGCGGUCGAGCUCGGUGACGAGCCUAUGUCCUUGCAACCUCUGAAGCCACGAAAUUCCGGUGGUUCUACCUCUGAUACUGCUUCGCAGGCGUCUCAGUCUAAUUCGUCGUUGUCUCUGACGCAAAGCACUUCGUCACCACUGGAACUAGCGCACGGUAUAACAGCCCUCUACAAUUCGAAUGCGGCAUAUUUCGGUCGCAUUAGCAACCAGAACCGAGAUACAAGCGAGAGACUAAUGAUCAUGCUAUCAGCUCGAGCAAAAAUCGAGAGUGCAACCAAUCCUGAAUACCUUACUGCGUUGGAAGAACUCAAUAGCAUGAAGGUGCUGCCACUCAACACGAAUGGCGACAUUGCUGCAAUCAGACAACUUGCCACGAACUUCUCGACAUUGUCCCAGCUAGUCGCUCGAUGUUCUGGUUUGGUCAUUCUUUGGUGUGUAAAAGCGAUUUCGGCCGAACGAGAACGAAUUGCACGAGAAGGUACAUGGGGCAUUCCUGGCAACGAGGAUAUUAGCAGACUUAAGUAUCAACUCAAUCAGAUGGCGAAGGACCUUAUGGUCUUUGCUGGUUUGGUGAGAUACAAGCUGCCUGGACGUGUUUACGAUAUGCUUACUAGAGCUGGUGGUGAUGUUGGAGACUAUUGA